UAUUGUAAUUAGUUUAAAGAAAAAAAAUCAUUCUAUUUAAUUUAUUUAUGCAGAAAUGGAGAAAAAUAAAGUAAAAGACGGAAAACGCAGCACUACCGAUGAGGCAGUUAUGCAGGCAGCUCUUCAGGAAAUUCUCCAAGGUAGACUGAGAAUUAAGGAGGCUUCUUCUGCCUUUGGAAUACCUAAACCCACACUGUACGCAAGAUUAAGGAAAGUGAAAAAAGAAUUAUCAGAGUCUCAGACGGUAUCUCUGAUGAUGGGGUUGAAAAAGAAAGAAAUGGUCAACAAGUUUGCAUCACAACAAAUUUUCACCAUGCCAGAAGAGAAAAAUUUUGUUGGUUAUUUGUUGGCUUCCAGCAAACUCAAUUUUGGCCUCACUCUGCACAAUACCCGGGAACUGGCAUACAAGUAUGCGGUUAGCAUUGGUAGGGAAGUUCCAGCAAGUUGGGAGGUCAACAAGAAAGCUGGUCAGAAGUGGGCCCGUUUGUUCUUGAAAAGACACAGUGAAAUCUCGCUUCGGAAACCGGAAGCUACUUCCCUAGCAAGGAAUUCCGGUUUCACUCGAGAAAAUGUGGAAUUGUUUUUUCACAAUCUGCAAGAGAUCAUGCAACAACAUCACUUUGAACCGUCUAGGAUCUUCAAUCUUGACGAAACAGGAUUGAGUACGGUUCUCCAACCCCCAAGAGUCGUGGCUGAUACGAAAUCUAAGCAAGUAGGCAAGUGUGUUACGGCAGAAAGGGGAGAAACCAUCACGAUUUGCGCUUUUGUGAAUGCAGCAGGAGCAACGUUCCCCCCAGUAUAUCUAUUUCCCAGAAAAAGGCAGCAUCCUGAGUACAUGGAAGGUUGUUUUGAGGGAUCAGUAGCCUUUUUUAAUGCCAAAGGCUACAUGAACUCAGAAACUUUCCUUCUAACUCUUCAGCAUUUUAAAACUCAAACUGCCGCUUCCAAAGAUGACCAAGUAUUAUUGAUCCUCGAUAACCAUGUGUCUCACCUGUCCUUAGACGCAUUAAAAUUCUGUAGAGAAAACGGAAUUCAUAUGUUAACACUCCCUCCACACACAAGCCAUCGUACACAGCCAUUGGACCUUUCAGUGUUUGGGCCAUUCAAAAGAUAUUGCGCUACUGCUUUCGACAAUUGGAUGUCAGCAAGAGUAGGGAACAAAGUAAGCCUUCACAACAUUGCAAGGCUUUCUUCGGAACCAUUCCGAAAAUGCAUGACAUCCAACAAUAUAAAAGCUGGAUUUAUGAAGAGUGGCAUAUAUCCCAUGAACAGCUCCAAGCUACUUGUGGUUUUUGAGUCUACUGAAACCGCUUCCUCGUCGGUUCAGGAAAACUCAAAACCACCACUACCGCCACUAAUGAUGAUUCCACAAAGCAAUUCCGAAAUAAUACAAGACGCAAGUGCGCAAGGUGAGAUAAUUGAAGAGGUUAAUCGCCAAGAUGAAGUAGUGGUCCAGGAGAGCAUUGUAAAAGAUGAAGUUAGUCGACAAGAUGAAGUUCUGGUCAAAGAGAGCAGUGAAGACGAUGAGGUGCCACAGGAGACAAGUCCGGAAGAUGAUAGAGAUAAUGAUGGAGCUAUUGAUCUAUCUGUUCCUCGACAGAUUUCUUCAUAUAAAAUGCCAGACCCAAACCUACAUAAGAAGAUUUUCCCAAUGGCUCCUCUCCUUAAGCCUCUUGAUCUUACAAUUUCUUCAGAUAUUCAGCCGUCAAGAUCUCAGCUGAGUUUUGGAGGUCUGGAAGUGCUUAAGCCGCUACCGAGUCCCCCAAGUUCCUCGAAAAAAAUCAGGGGUUUGGGAUCAACACUAGUCACAGGAUCCCCAGAAUUUCACAGGAAGGAGGAGAUGGAAAGGAAGAAACACAUGAAGGAGGAAAAUAUGCACAUGAAGGAGAAAAAUCAGAAUAAAACCACAACAAAAAGCACCAAAAGAAAGAUCGCCUCUGAGACAGAGAUUCCGAAAAGAAAGAGAGGAAGGCCAAGGAAGCUGCCUCUUUCUGAUAUUUCCGAUAUUUCAAACAAGAUAUAACAGUCUGAUG